AUGGAGAAGAAGGUGUCUGUCGACCUGCAGCCAGAGAAUGAGGGUGGCUUGAAGGAGCUGGUGCUCAGGUGGUUCAUUGAGACGCAGACCCAGGCUCUCAUCCUCAACAACGGAAACUUCCCGGACUGGUUUCAUGGCUUUGCUGCGAGAAAGGAAGCAGAGGACUUGCUGAGAGAUAAAGCUCUGGGCUGUUUUCUCGUUCGCCUCAGCGACAAAGCCAUCGGUUAUAUCCUGUCCUACAGGGGCCUUGACAGGUGCCGCCAUUUUGUCAUCACCCAGAAGCAGGACGGCCACUUCGUCAUAUCAGGAGACUGCCAGUCGUACCACAGUGUUACAGAGGUGAUCGAGCACUACAGGGUCAGCCCAAUUCAGCCAUUUGGAGAACACCUGACUUCCAGCUGUUCUCAGGAGAGCACAGGUGAACUGUAUGAUGUGGUGAACUACACUUCCAAAGGGAAGUCAGGGGUGAGUGUCCAGGCUCUGCGGGCUCUGUGGGACCAGAAGAAACACCAUCAGAGGGACUCGGGUCAUCACCACAGUACUCAGCAGCCGAACAGCUCGUCUGUAGCACAGCUACCUGCUCUGCUUCUAAAAUCUAACAACAGAAAAUUGACUGGGACAGUGUCCAUGGGUGCAGUGUCCCUCACUCAGGGUGCACCUCCACUACCAAAGAGGGGUGUUACUCUGGGCUUGUCUCUGAGGGAAUCUUUACCAGACAAAACAUCAGUACGACAGCGAGGAAGCACCAGCUCAUUUCUAGGGGAUCUGUGUCCACCUGGAAGAACCUGCUCUGACCUGACACAGGCUGAGAGCAGGAGCAUGUCUUUGCAGUCUCUCCCACAGCUGGACAACGACAAAAUGGAGGAGGAAGAGGAGGAGUACUCUAACAAGCUGCAAUUCACAACAUCAGGAGCCAUUUUUUCUCCCACACCUCUAAAGACAGUCACCUGCGACAACUACUCCCUCCAUAAGCCGUGCGAUGAUCUGGGAACACUAAGGUCCAACCCCUUGUACGAGACGUCUGAGGCGCCCGUUGAGAGUUCAGCUCAGCAGGUUAAGGGCUUGUACGCCGAGGUCCUCACAAGACCAACACCUGCCGGCCUACCUGAUGACACCUAUGAGCAGAUCCCUGGAAAGGCCUCUGCCACUGUCCACAGCAACACCUACGCGUCUCUGGAUGAUAUGAAGAAGUCUAAAUCCACCUGGGGGAAAAAUAACAUGACAUGGAAGAAAUUCCUUCCUGAAUACAAGAAGAAAUAAAGGUGAGAAACAGGACUCAGCA